CAGCGUCUGACGUUCCUGACAAUUGAAUGAAAGACAAUCCCUCACUCACAGUCAAAGCUACAUUCCAGGCCACGAGGAUGGAGAAGAACCUAAACCAGUGUGCAAUGGAAAGCGCGCCGUCAUCCUGCCCGGUGAAGGACCCUCUAGCGCGAGAGGAUAUGGUGGAGCUGGACCCACAGCAGGAGAUGGUCAACCACAGUGCUGCCAGGAUCAUACAGAGGACAUGGAGGAGACAUGUGGACACGCGUGUGUUCCAGUACUUCAAGAACCUCGUGAGGUUCCGUAGCCGGGGGGAUCCACGACUCCUGCUCAGAAGAGAGAACCCCAACGAGGCAGACAUUCUGGAUGCUGCGGCUGGAGUCCAUAUCAGAUUCAGACUGGGAGGAACCAGCUUCCCCCCCAGCAUCUACUAUAAGAUCUACACCCAUCGCCCCAUCGUAGACAUGUGUGCCAACAGUCCCAUGGACUACACUCACCCUGGGCAGAAGAGGCCCAUCCCCAGGCAGACACACAACCAACGGUCCCUGGCGCAGGACGACCGGGUUGGGUGGUACCACCGAGUGGAGAACAACGGCUGGAGACUGCUCUCUGGGAAGUCUACUCUAUUAGGUGACAUCAUCACACUGGAGACCAAUGGCAAGAAGGUGGAGUUCCAUCAUUCCAAACUGCAGCGUCGCCAGGACGUAGAGAGGAGGAGGAAGAGGAGGAAGAUCGAGUGGAUGAAGCAUAUGUAUGACCGUGGCGGUCUGAUAGCACGCACGGAGCACAGUGAGACUGCGGUGCUGGUGGAACAGUCAGUCCAAGGCAUGAUGGAUGCCGUGGAGAAGCUGGGACCCGACCUCAUCCUAGAGUGGGAGGUGGACGAGUUACUGGAGUGGACAAACGCUCUAAAUUUUGAUGAGUAUAUUUAUGAGUGGAGAAGUGUGGGCACAAGCAAUUCCUCUGAGUCUUGCAAAGUGAAGAGCCUGACCCCUUCCAUGCUGGAGCCAUGUGGGACAUUCUCAGGGCUGGAUCCAGAGGACAGCCAGGUGGGCACCAAUAGAAGUAUCACCCACCCCCUGGUCUCCAGCCUCAUCCAGUCAGAACAUUCCAAGGCCAAUCUCUCUGAUUGACUGGUGGGCAGGCUGCAUUUCAUUGCUGACUAAACCAGAAAUGUACACAUACAAACAGAGACUGUUUGUGUGACAGUAUGCAGUGAGAUUUAAUUAAAUGUCAACAGUAA